AAAAAAAAAUACUUGCUUUCCAGACCUUCUCGAUCAUCAAAUCAAUUCUCUUCGAAGAAAAAAUGGCGCUAGAGUCGAUUUCGCUGAUGGAUAGCUUAUUGAAGGUGGGGAUGUUUGUGGUUGUUCAAGCCUUAGUUUAUGUAAUCCUUUCCAGUUCAUCCAAUCUCUUCUCUGAGAACAAACUCAGGUCUUUUAACAACAGCUUCAAACUUGCUCGUUCUGCUACUAUCAACCGUAUCCUCGCCGCCAUCUCUGACGUACCCACUGGAUCUACUAAUGCAGAUCAGUACUCACCAUUAUGAUCUUGAGUACAAACGCACACAUGUAUGCAUGUAUCAUCUCCCUCAUCCGACUGUAGAUUAUCCAUCUAAUCGUGUUCCUCAUUUUUCA